UGGGCAUCGCGCGGCGCUCUGCCAGUGACUCUGAGCGCAGGCGCGCGGAGCCGGGCUCGGUACCCGCCACCAUGAGGCUCCGGAAAGCCUGCCUGCUGGUCCUGCUCCUGUCGCUGGCGCCGCUGCUGGCCGCGGCGAGCGCGGAGGAGGCGGAUGGAGAUUCAUCUGAUAGAGAAAAUGCCCUUGAGGAGGAAGAGGAGGAAGAUGAGGAGGAGGAAGACGACUUGGAAGUUAAGGAAGAAAAUGGUGUCUUAGUCCUAAGUGAUGCCAACUUUGAUAACUUUGUGGCUGACAAAGACACAGUACUGCUGGAGUUCUACGCACCAUGGUGUGGCCAUUGUAAGCAGUUUGCUCCAGAAUAUGAAAAAAUUGCCAGUACCUUGAAGGAACACGAUCCUCCCAUUCCUGUUGCAAAGAUUGAUGCGACCUCAGCAUCCAUGCUGGCCAGCAGGUUCGAUGUGAGUGGCUAUCCCACCAUCAAGAUCCUGAAGAAGGGGCAGGCGGUGGACUACGAGGGCGCCAGGACCCAGACCGAGAUUGUUGCCAAAGUCAAAGAAGUCUCCCAGCCCAACUGGACACCUCCACCCGAAGUCACACUGGUGUUGACCAAAGAUAACUUUGAUGAAAUUGUGAAUGACGCAGACAUCAUUCUGGUGGAAUUUUACGCCCCAUGGUGUGGACACUGUAAGAAACUCGCCCCCGAGUACGAGAAGGCCGCCAAGGAGCUGAGCAAGCGCUCCCCCCCUAUUCCCCUGGCCAAGGUGGAUGCCACUGCAGAGACAGACCUGGCCAAGAGAUUCGACGUCUCUGGCUACCCCACCUUGAAGAUUUUCCGCAAAGGGAGGCCUUUCGACUACAACGGCCCACGGGAGAAGUAUGGAAUCGUUGACUACAUGAUCGAGCAGUCCGGGCCUCCCUCAAAGGAGAUUCCAACCCUGAAGCAAGUGCAAGAGUUCCUUAAGGAUGGGGAUGAAGUCGUCAUCAUUGGGGUCUUUCUGGGGGACAGUGACCCCGCUUACCUGCAGUAUCAAGAAGCAGCUAACAACCUGAGAGAAGAUUACAAGUUCCACCACACUUUCAGCACGGACGUAGCUAAGUUCCUCAAAGUCUCCCCGGGGAAAUUGGUCAUCAUGCAGCCUGAGAAAUUCCAGUCCAAGUAUGAGCCCAGGAGUUACGUGAUGGAUGUGCAGGGGUCCACGGAGGCCUCAGCCAUCCAGGAGCACGUGGUGAAGCACUCCUUGCCCUUGGUGGGCCACCGCAAGACCUCCAACGACGCCAAGCGCUUUGCCAAGCGCCCCCUGGUGGUCGUCUACUACAGCGUGGACUUCAGCUUUGAUUACCGGGCCGCCACUCAGUUUUGGCGGAACAAGGUCCUGGAGGUGGCCAAGGACUUCCCCGAGUACACCUUCGCCAUCGCUGACGAGGAGGACUACGCCACCGAGGUGAAGGACCUGGGGCUCGGCGAGAGCGGCGAGGACGUCAACGCCGCCAUCUUUGAUGAGGGCGGGAAGAAGUUUGCCAUGGAGCCAGACGAGUUUGAUUCCGACACCCUCCGGGACUUCGUCACAGCCUUCAAGAAAGGAAAACUGAAGCCAGUGGUCAAAUCGCAGCCGGUGCCCAAGAACAACAAGGGGCCCGUCAGGGUGGUGGUGGGAAAGACCUUCGACGCCAUUGUGCUGGACCCCACGAAGGACGUCCUCAUCGAGUUCUACGCCCCGUGGUGCGGGCACUGCAAGCAGCUGGAGCCCGUCUACACCAGCCUGGCCAAGAAGUACAAGGGCCAGAAGAGCCUGGUCAUCGCCAAGAUGGACGCCACCGCCAACGACGUCACCAGCGACCACUACAAGGUGGACGGCUUCCCUACCAUCUACUUCGCCCCCAGUGGGGACAAAAAGAACCCGAUUAAGUUUGAGGGCGGAGACAGAGAUCUGGAGCAUUUGAGCAAGUUUAUAGAUGAACACACCACCAAAUGGAGCAGGACAAAGGAAGAGCUCUGAGGGCUGGAGUCUGCGCAGUCGGGGCCCCACCGGCCCAGGCCCGCCCCUGAGGCCGCGACUUCAGCCGCAUUGUUUUCUGAGGGGGUUUUGUUUGUUUGUUUGUUUUGGGUUAUUUUAUACUUUGUAUGACACGUGCUCUGAAUACUGAAUAGCUAUGAAUGACUCAAUAGUUUAGACCAGAUUUUUUAUGGAGGAUACAUCUAUUUUUAUCAUUUGGGGACUGAUUUUUUUUUUUAAUCUUACACUUUCUUUAAUAUUUCUUCAGCGUUCAAUACAUUGAAUCUCUUGGUUUGAGAAUGUUUUUUUUUUUAAUUUAAAGUUAAAAAAAAACGUCUUUGCCAAAUUAUGGUGA